UCUGCAGAUAAUUUUAUUUCCAAAUUCCACUCAGGACCUGAGCCGAUUGGUUGGCCUAGGCCCAAAUAUAUAUUGAACGUCCCAGAAAUCAACCAAAGAUGGUAAAGGAAACGGCAUACUAUGAUAUCCUUGGAGUGAAGCCCAAUUGCACUGGUGAUGAAUUGAAGAAGGCUUACAGGAAAUUGGCAUUGAAGUACCAUCCAGACAAAAAUCCCAAUGAAGGAGAACGGUUCAAGCAAAUCUCUCAUGCUUAUGAGGUGCUGUCUGAUCCUGAAAAAAGACGUAUAUAUGAUGAGGGAGGAGAGCAAGCGAUCAAGGAAGGCUCUGGUGAAAGAGGAGGCUUCUCUUCUCCCAUGGACAUAUUUGACAUGUUCUUUGGUGGUGGCUUCUCACGUGCCAGACGUCCUAGAAGAGGAAAGGAUGUUGUUCACCAGCUCAGUGUCUCGCUGGAAGAACUUUACAAUGGGGCUGUGAGAAAACUUGCCUUGGCCAAGAAUGUCAUCUGUGACAAAUGUGAAGCAUUGUGUGGACUCCAGAAGACCAUCCAGACACUUGACAAGCGAACUCUUGUCAUCGCCACAAUCCCAGGGGAGGUUAUAAAGCACAAUGAUGUGAAGAUGAUCAUGGGAGAGGGAAUGCCCCAGUAUAAGAAUCCAUUUGAGAAAGGACGACUCAUCAUUCAAUUUUCGGUCGAUUUCCCUGCUUCACUUCCACCUGAGGUCAUCCCAAAACUUCAGGAAGCACUUCCUCCAAGGCCCGAGGAAUUGAUUCCUGACGCCGCAGAGGAGUGCACGAUGGUAGAUUUGGACCCUGACCAGGAGGCACGAAGACAGCACUACAAGAAUGUCUAUGACGAGGAUGAAGAACAGAUGCAUGGGCAGCCACAUGUGAAUGGCAAGACUCAUCGACUACAUCUUGAAAAGCUCAAGAGUCAGAAAGAGAAACUAGUAGCAGAAAAGAGAUCUGCUACAAACAAACAUCCAGGGGAAAAUGAACCUCCUAAGAAGGUCUCUAGACUGGCACAAAAGUGUAAUUCUGUGAAAGUUCCUGUGACCAAGAACACUGCCUCUGAACAAAGAGAUACCCAUAGAGAUCCUGGAAAUGAUUUGGGACACCAUAAAGCAUUGGGGAGAGAAGAUGAAGGAGGAGAGAAGAUGGAAGUGUCAAGGGCAUCCUCUGUUUCGCUGCCACCUCAUUCACCGCCACUUGCUUCAGAGAAGCCUAAACUGGAAGAACCUGGUCCAAGCUCUUCAAUUCCAGAAGGCUUCUUUGAUGACCCUGUACAAGAUGCAAAGGCCCGAAAAGUUGAGUACAAAGAUCCAAUGGAUGAGGAAUGGGCAAGAUUCCAACGACUGAUCAAAGAGGAGACUGUUGUCAGCUCACAACUUAUGGAGGUGGAGGAUGAAGAAGUUGCUGCUGAUAGAGAUCUUGAAGAAAUAGAUACUCAACUCUCAAACUGGCAGAGGGUUGCUGAAUUGGAGAAGAAGAAGGACAAGUUAGUGGAGAAGAAAGUGCAACAAGAGUCAAGGCAAGAUGAUGCAGAUGAGUCUGGUGAUGAUGAACUUGAAGAUCUGGACAGGUUGGACUGGAGGAGGAAGUGUCUGUGAUCAUUUGUUUCCAUGAUACAGUUGGCUUUGGAAGCUCAUGGGUGACUUUGAGUCAUGUUUUAUACACACACACAUAUUUUCGCAGCAAGGAAUAUUGGUUGCUAAUAGGUUUCACAAAAGUGGAGGAUGGUCAGUUUGCUUGGGUAAUCAAACUUCUUCGAAAGAAUCAUUGCUGAAUGUAAACAAAAGAAGUGUAGACAAAAGAGUGCAUCACACUGCAGCAUUUUAUUGGUACAACUCAUUCCAUGAUUUGUCAAUAAUAACCAUUAAGAAAUGCUGAGUUGUAGGAGACUGCAGUUGUAGUCGAAGCAUGCUAAGCUUGUUCCAAUUCAUACUGGCAUUCAAUUGUUUCAUUUCAACCUGGAGAUUCCAUUCCAG